AACAGGGGUCCCUUUUCGGGCCCCCGCACACUGCAGACUUUUUUUUUCAGCCGAUAGUUUGGUCAACUGUCGGUCGAAUAUUCUCAAAAGACUGUAUUUAAUUUGUGUAAUUCGCUCCAUACAGAUUAAGUCGCCCGAUCUAUCUAUCGGCCGACAAAAGUCUGCAGUGUGCGGGUACUCUUCCAGUGGCUUCGACAGUUGGGAUGCGAAGGCUAUCGAGCUCUGUCGGCAUACGGUUAAACUGGUUUCUGAAAUAAAAUUGAGAACAAUUAUUUUGGAUGAAUAGAAAUAAGAAUCAUACAUACUCGCAGAAUUUUAUUCGCGAUUCAUCUUCUGUUGUGUUGUAACAGCUAGGAGAGAAUUUCGAAAAAAAAUUAUGGCUGCUAUGAUACCUUUUCGCUCAGUACAUGUAGGGCCUGAUUCUCGAAUACACUACACCCAGAAGACAGAUUACUAAAAUAAGCUACUAAAUCUUUGGUAAGCCAAACAUUAGUAGAAUGUACAUAUUUUCUGUAAAUAUUACUGACCGUUAGUAAAAUAAAUGUCAGAUGCAAUACACAUCCCUACCAACGAUUGGUACAUUUUACUGCGGGUAAUCGGUAACUCAGACAAUUGUCAUCCUCGGCACCGCGAAAAACUAUCUGUCAUUAUUUCAAUUUUCGCCGUGCUGAUAACAACAAUAAAGUAUUAUAGGUUUUUACAUAUAGCCCACCUAAUCGCGCAGAGUGCAGAGAAACCGAUUCACAGUGGUGGUACUUUGCAACCCACCAGUGGAGGUGGAGGUAUCGUAUUGGGAAUAACCGGCGAAGAUGGUGAUAACUCGGCCGAUAGUUUAUAUUAUACCCGCAUGAAUUGGUGGACCAUUCUUUUUUUCUAAGCUGGUUAAAUGUAAUAAGUGUCAGCAAUACUUGCGGGGGAUGAUACAUCAGGGAUCGCUAUGCAAGCAAUGCUGCGAAAACUGCCAGUCGGACAGUAACGUUGACCAGCCGUAAUCAGCAGGUCUUUUGGCUUGGUCCUUGCUAGCAGUUUAACGUGGCCGAGCUGCCUGCGCCGCAGAUUUCCAUAAUACUUUGCAACGGAGUUCGAAUAGAAAACGAUGUGUAACUUGAACCUACAUCUGUACAAGCUGUAUCGGACGACGUCACCGAACUACGACGAGGUUAACAAACUGCGUGGCUCACUCAACGAAAAUCUAAUCAACACCGAUCUGAGCAGCUACUCACCGUAGUGUGUAGCCACGGUGCUAAAGAAGUUCUUACGGGAGCUGCCCAAUCCGAUCAUUCCGGUUAUGUUUUACGACAAAUUCGUCGUAAGCCUCAAUAAUUACCAGUGAUGCGUAGCAAUCCGAUUGCAUCCCCUGGAUCUGCCAAUUUACCACAACAUGACGCUCAAGUACAUAUUAGGCUGUCAAAAAAGUCCUGCGAUAUUUCCGCGAGGUGUCAUUUACCAGCGGGAACUGAAAGAGGAACCGACAAUACUGAUACAAGUGUGGUGUCAUAUUCUAAUGCGUCCUCCUAGGGAGAAAAUUGUUCAAAUUGUGUAUAACACGGAAAACCUGCGAAUAAUGGAACUGUUGCUCUACAAGCUGAACUGGAACGAAAAACUACCAGAAUUUCUGUCUGCUCCUGCGGUACCACCACGGAAAAUCUCCCGAAGUACGGCUGUGUUACAGUACCAGCAGCAGCAACAACAAAUACCCGGUUUAUCCACUGUUUUACCAGCUGCAUAGGCUACUUCAAAAGGCCUGCGAUCACAUCUACGGCACCUGUGACACGAGCGCCCUUGAUUGGGGUGUAUAAUAAUGCCGGUAGGAAUAGUAGAAAUGGAACACUGGCAGCUGAAAAUCGGGGGAUAGCGUUGAUACGAGCAAUUGGUGCUGACCUAACGGAUCAAAUCGACUGAUUCUUUU